AUGCCGUCGUCUUUCUCCCAUAAUCAGGCGGCUGGUGGUUGGUUUGCUUCUGGCGAAGAAGACCCUCCAAAUGCACCAAGAUCCUCAUCACUGUUCGCCUCCACCCGAAAUAUCGAAAUUCAAAGCCAGCUGACAGUUGCCAGUACUGGUAAACCUCAAACAUGGUCAACGGCACACAGAAACAUCAGCCCUGUUCCUCCUUCCUCUGCAUCAGUAGGAUUUCCGACUGUGACUCCCAAGACCGUUGAUUCUGUUGCUAAAACACCUUCCAACAGCAACCGCAGCAUUGGCUCGAUCGGAGCAAGCUCCACCACAACGACACCAAGUCAUCUGGACCACAAUUGGAACACUUUGGUUUCAAACAUUCAAUCGCCCAGUGAAGAAUCACCCAGUUCAAAAUUCAGCUCUGCCACAAGCACUAGCGACAACAAUCACUCUUCUGCCAUGGAAACAGAAAGUCUCGAAGAAGUAGCGCCACAAAGCUCCAAAAGUGCUAGCGACGACAAUCACGCUGCCAUGGAAACAGAUGAUCUCGAAGAAGUGGAACCGCGUCGCUCUGGUCGAGAGCGUACAUCCACAACCAUCAAUGUCGAUGGCUACGCCGUCAAGCGCGAGAACAACUACAUCAUGAAAGGUCUUUCGUACCAGUACGGCGUCGCCACCGAACAGGCGCAGCCAUCCACCAAGCCUGCACCAAAGGCCAAAACCCAACAGCCACCAAAGCCUCGGGCCCCUGCUGUUGUUUCCGAGAUAGAGCUUGCACGUCGCAAGAGGAAAGAAGACAUUAUGAAACGCAAAGAGGCCAAGCAACCGAGUCGUCAAAGUUUUCUGAAACAUCAUAUGGAUGUUCUAGAGCCAUUCCUCGAACCAAAGGUCUUGGAACAAAUCAAGAGCUGCCAGUCCUCGGCGGACGACACGGCAGCCGUUGACCCAAUCUAUCCACAACCAAAAGCUAUCACGGCCACGAUGCGAAGCUAUCAACUUGACGGCCUCAAUUGGAUGAGCAAGAUGUAUUCUAAGAACUUGGGCUUCAUUCUUGGGGACGAGAUGGGAUUGGGAAAGACGAUCCAGACAAUUUCGUUGGUGUGCCAUCUCAAAGAACGCUUUGGUACCACUGGACCAACUCUCGUCGUUUGUCCCCUCAGUGUCUUGUAUUCUUGGUGCGAUGAAAUCAAAAAGUGGGCUCCGUCUCUCAAGCACUACCGACUUCAUCAAUCCCAAACGGAAACGAUGCAGCUCCCCGAUUUUGCCCAAUUUGACAUUAUUGUGACUACAUACGAAAUGGCCAAGGCAAAGAGCCUUGCCCACACUUGGGCAAGGCAAACCUUCAAUCUGCUCGUACUUGAUGAAGGUCACUUAAUCAAAAACGUUGCGACGUUAGUGAGCCAAGGCGUUCGUAGGAUUCACGCCGAGAACAGAAUCAUUCUGACCGGCACCCCGUUGGCUAAUAACUUGACAGAGCUUUUUGCCUUACUGAACUUCUUGAAUCCAACCGAGUUUACCAAUGUGGAGCCGUUUGCGGAGGCCUAUGAUUUGACAACCAAUGCAAUCAACCCCGCGGCUCUAAACCAAGCCAGUAAACUUCUCAACUUGUUCAUGAUCCGCCGUCUCAAGAGCCUUGUGGAAAAGCAACUUUUGCCCAAGAUUGAGACCAAAGUCUAUUGUCCGCUCUCCAAUUCCCAGAUUUAUUUUUACAAAGCUCUCCUCCUAAAAGAUAUCAGCAUGUUGGCGGGGAAUAAAGCAAACAAGGCUGGAGCCCUUCAAAACUUGAUCAUGCAACUUCGGAAGUGUGUGUGUCAUCCAUACCUGUUUCCUUUUGCGGAAGACCACAAGGCAGACACCAGCCUGGAGGAACUGGUUGGGGAAUCAGGGAAGCUUGCAGUUCUUGACUUGUUGCUUCAAAGCCUCUACAAAAAGGGCCACCGCGUUUGCAUCUUCUCCGGUUUUACGAAGGUUCUUGAUAUCCUGGACGACUAUUGCACCGCGCGGGGGUGGUCGUUCUGUCGAUUUGAUGGGAGCACUUCUCGUGCUGAGCGGAAGUAUCUGAUUGAUUCCUUCAAUGCACCCAAUAGCGAGAAGUUCCUGUUUCUCAUGAGUACUCGAUCCGGUGGGAUGGGCAUCAACCUACAAACGGCGGACACCGUGAUCCUCUAUGACAGCGACUGGAACCCUCAAGCGGAUCUCCAGGCCCAAGCUCGUGUGCAUCGACUUGGACAGCAGAAGAGAGUCUUUGUGUACAGAAUGGUGACAAAAAACACUGUGGAAGAAAGGAUUCUUCAACGGGCGGAGAAGAAACUUUACCUUGACAAGAUGGUCAUGCAGCAGGGUGAUCUCGUUGACGAUCAGCAGGUCGACGAAAAGAAAUUGAUGGAAACUCUGCGCUUUGGUGCUCAAGCUGUAUUCGGUUCAGCUGGGCUCAAGAUGGAGCUACCAAGCAAAGAGGAUAUCGAGAUCUUAACAGAUCGAAGCCGCACAGAGAGCUUUACGGGUGGGAAAAUCAAAGGAGAUGCUGAUACCAAUGUGGAGGAUUUCGAUGCAAACAAGAAAUUCCGCUCCACAACAGAUUUUGGAGGCAUCGAUUUCAAGGCGAUCCGAGAGUCCCACCGGAGGCAAAAGCCCAAAGAUUUCGGCGCGAUCAUGAACACAUGGCGCAAGAAACGAGAACGGAAGAACCGAAUCACGAUGGUAAACGCCAAGGGAUCUGGGUACGGAGCCGCAGUUCCGGUUUUGAAGUCCAAUGACUACGAUCUCGAAACGGGAGAGCAAUCAGUUUUCCAAAGGGAACUUGGUGGUCGCGGUGGCAACUUUGGCAACGUCAAGCACAAACAUUUGAAGGCAGGAGUUGAUUUUCAAACGCAAGACGUUUGCCAGAGCUGCGGUGAAGGUGGCACUUUACUCUGCUGUCCACGGUGUCCAGUAGCAGUUUGCGUUGACUGUUUUGGAGGUACGGAGAAAGAGUUCAUGUGCUGCAGCCAUCACCAUUGCAAUGAAUGUGGCAAAGGAACCCUUGCUGCGGGAGGGUUCAUGUUUCGUUGCAACUGUUGCCCAAGAGCCUAUUGUGAGGAUCACUUGCCCGAAGGGUCUAGGAUGCUGGAGAAAUGCGAACGCAUCGAAGAAUUGGGCUACCAAAUCAAACAUGGAAUAUACAUUCAUUGUUCGGAUACUUGCGAGAACGUGGCCGUGAAAGAGUAUGGGUGGAAGCCACCUUCCUCAAAGACGAGGGCCGUUUGUCCCGAGCCUCUCGAUAUUUCGUCUUUCUAUGGAGGCCAGAUCGACGACUGUAUCGAGAAACCAGAGGAUCUUGUCCUUCACGGGAAGAGGCAGCGCAAGAAACGGGUAUUGUUCGGAGAUUUCGACCAGAAAGAGAAUUCAAACGUAGUGGGAUCGCUGAAAGCCGCAUCUUCUGACGAAGCAGCGGUCACCAAGCCUGCUCCAUUGUCAAGUGGACAGCAGAAGACUUACGCUGUCCCUUCCUCGGCGUUCGCGGGUGCUGCUUCCUCCGCUUUCAAUGACCAUGCCAAGGCAACAAUUGGGAUCAGCGCUCCCAAACUAGAGCCAACUGACUUUCGGGUCCCAGUCGAUUCAUACCAUGUGGGCACUGCGGCCGGGCAACCCCCCACCGCGCGCAUCACCCAGCUAAAGAAAUGGAAGAAAGCGCAUGGGCAUUUGAAAGUCCCCGUCGUUCGUGGUAGUGCUGAUUUGGGUGCGUGGAUGGCCGCACAACGAUCCUUGUAUCGAAAGGGAACGCUCCACGAAGCUCGUUUGGCCGAUCUCCGUCGACUUGGAGCUUCUGGAUUUGGUGGUUCCAAUGAAGUUGCAGGUGCACUACCAGCAGGACAGCAGACCACUGUAUCCCAGCUACCGCAUGCCAACGGUGUCAAUCCAAGCUUUACCUGGGAAGAGCGCAUCACGCAGCUACAGAAAUGGAAGAGAGUGCAUGGUCAUUUUGAUAUUCGAAUCGGUCAGGAUCAAACGCCCAGGCCCUUGGGACAGUGGCUGGCAGGACAAAGGCAAUUGUUCAAAGCAGGGGAUAUGAGGAUGGAUCGAUCGGCAAUUCUUCGUCGAAUGGGUGUGCCUGGCUUUGAGACAACAAGUAGCGCCACUACUCAUCGUGCCAAUCAGUCGAAGAAGAUUGGUGCUAUUGUGUCCACUAACCUCCAACCCAACAACGCCAAGGUCGGUGCAGUUGUCCCAUCUACAGCAUUUGCAGCUGCCGCGAGCGGAGUUCGCCCACAGUCCAUGUCCACUGUCUCAUCUGGAAACUUGGCCGCUUCCACAAGUGGUCCCAAUGUGUCAUCGUCUGUUCUUGGUUUGGCCUUUGCGGCUGCCGCCGCCGGAAUUCCCUCUUCGGCCUUGUCGGCAAACCAAAACAAAGCAAUGAAUGCUUCCGACCGUGAACAACCCCCUGCCAAGCGUGCCAAAGUGGCCUCUUCAGGAACAAGCCUCCAACCGCCCCAGGAGGGAUCGCUCUACACUGCGGUAAUCCCGUUCGACCAAAGAACGGGUAAGCUCGGCGUUCUAAUAGCCGAAGUGAAAGGCAGCGCUGUGUUUCUGGGUUACCAAAGUGUUGGAGAUGGGGGGGUUCCGUCCGUGGCAGAGCUUCGGAAAUCCUUUCACUCCAAGUAUGACCGCAUCGUGAGGAUCAACGGUAUAUAUACCAGCGGGUGCGGCCUUCAACACGUCAUGGACUUGAUAGGAGCGGCCAAGAAUUCAGGACACAAAGUGAUUUCCAUGACCAUGGAACCUGCUUUCAACUGGUUGGUCGAGACCAAGUCGUCGUAG